AUGACAUCAGAAUCUUGCCGAAACGGUACUGAGCGUUGCAAUGAAACACUACAAAAGCUCAAGGAAAAAUAUGAUGUUGUUGUCAAUAUUCAAGGGGAUGAACCUCUAAUUGAUCCGGAAGUAAUAGAUGGGAUUGUCAAAGCGCCGCAGGCAACCCCAGAUACAAUGUUUAGCACUGCAGUCACAUCUUUGAAACCUGAAGACGCAUGUGAUCCGAACCGAGUGAAGUUUCUUAAGACUUUCUCAAUGACAGAUACAAAUGUGGAAAGAAGGUAUCAGUUUAUUGCUCUACAAGGUUACUAUGGAGAAGGUUGUUAA